AUGAUAUUGCGGAUACGACAGAACCUUGCGCUUCCUUUUAUAAGACGUUUUGCUUCAGUGAAACCGGAGAAAACACCUGAGCCCAAGUUCAGCGAGUCUGCUGCUUUUCAGGGAAAAAUCAAACGGGGUGCUGGUGUUGGGCGACCAGCAUAUCAAAUGGACUAUUAUACGAGCGAUGAAUUUGGAAAAAAGAAGUUAAUAUCUGCUCUUGGUAGUCUUGCAAUCUUCAUAUUAUACUUCGGCUACUUGAGAGAACCAUCAGAUUUGGAUGAAAUUUGGAGUGCACCCCCACAUCUUCUGACUGCCAAUCUUGAACGAAAAAUGCUUCGUGAACAGAUUAAGCAGGCUGAAAGCAAGGGCGAAGAUACCACUCUGUUGAAAGCUCAACUCGAUUAUGUGGAUGUCAAGGAAGCCGCUCUUAAGAUACAGUUUUCAAAGGAUGAUAAGAAGAAAUAA